CAGGCAGCGGUAGAGGGGCGGAGCUCCGGGACCCGGGCCUCCACGGCCGCCCAGAGGGUCUGCGGGGACUGCUUUGGUCCGACCCGAGGGCACGCGCGGGGAACACGCGGGAGCCAAGGGCGCCUCUUCGGAAACGGUGAUUUUGGAUUCGGGUAGCUGGUCCCGUGUGCGGUCGUGAGCUCAGCCUGAACCCAUCCUCGGAGAGACCCACAGCCGAGGAGCUGGCGCUGCCCCUGUGCGAGGGAGCCCAGGCUAGGGCGCCAGCAAGCAUCAUCGAUGGUCUCUACGUGAUGUGGCUUCUGAAAUCUCCUGGACCACCCACCUUACUAGUCCACAGUGGAGAAAGCAGAAAUGGAAAUUCAAACACCACAGCUUCCAUUCUGUUGUUAAUCACUCUGUAAACAUGUGCCCUCACCACAGGGAGUGAACUGCACCGAGGGGGAAAGUUCGUGGGGUCCCCAAACCAUCAGCACUCUUUCCUCCUCCCCUGGAGAGAAAGCAGAACCAUGGCUUUUUAUAGCUGCUGUGUGAUCCUCUUGGCAUCUGUCUGGUGCACGUCUGCCUAUGGGCCUGACCAGCGAGCCCAGAAGAAAGGGGACAUUAUCCUUGGGGGACUCUUUCCUAUUCAUUUUGGAGUAGCAGCCAAAGAUCAAGACCUCAAAUCAAGGCCAGAGUCCGUGGAAUGUAUCAGGUAUAACUUCCGUGGGUUUCGCUGGUUACAAGCCAUGAUAUUUGCCAUUGAGGAGAUAAACAGCAGCCCAGCCCUUCUUCCGAACAUGACGCUGGGAUACAGGAUAUUUGACACUUGCAACACUGUUUCUAAGGCCCUGGAGGCCACCCUGAGUUUUGUUGCACAGAACAAAAUUGAUUCUUUGAACCUUGAUGAGUUCUGCAACUGCUCGGAGCAUAUUCCCUCUACCAUCGCCGUGGUGGGUGCCACGGGCUCAGGCGUCUCCACGGCGGUGGCAAACCUGCUGGGGCUCUUCUACAUUCCCCAGGUUAGCUAUGCCUCCUCCAGCAGACUCCUCAGCAACAAGAAUCAGUUCAAGUCUUUCCUCCGCACCAUCCCCAACGAUGAACUCCAGGCCACUGCCAUGGCAGACAUCAUUGAGUACUUCCGCUGGAACUGGGUGGGUACAAUUGCAGCUGAUGAUGACUAUGGCCGGCCAGGCAUUGAGAAGUUCCGAGAAGAAGCUGAAGAAAGAGACAUCUGCAUUGACUUCAGUGAACUCAUCUCCCAGUACUCUGAUGAAAAAGAGAUCCAGUAUGUGGUGGAGGUGAUCCAGAAUUCCACGGCCAAAGUCAUCGUCGUUUUCUCCAGCGGCCCAGACCUGGAACCCCUCAUCAAGGAGAUUGUCCGACGCAACAUCACAGGCAGGAUCUGGCUGGCCAGCGAGGCCUGGGCCAGCUCCUCCUUGAUAGCCAUGCCUGAGUACUUCCAUGUGGUCGGAGGCACCAUUGGAUUUGCUCUGAAGGCAGGGCAGAUCCCAGGAUUCCGAGAAUUCCUGCAGAAAGUACAUCCCAGGAAGUCUGUCCACAAUGGGUUUGCCAAGGAGUUUUGGGAAGAAACAUUUAACUGCCACCUCCAAGAAGGUGCUAAAGGACCCUUACCAGUGGACAGCUUCCUGAGGGGUCACGAAGAAGGUGGUGACAGGUUCAGCAACAGCUCCACUGCCUUACGCCCUCUCUGUACGGGGGAUGAGAACAUCAGCAGCGUCGAGACCCCUUACAUGGAUUACACACAUUUACGGAUAUCCUACAAUGUGUACCUGGCAGUUUACUCCAUUGCUCAUGCCCUGCAAGAUAUAUACACCUGCUUACCUGGGAGAGGACUCUUCACCAAUGGUUCCUGUGCGGACAUCAAGAAAGUUGAGGCUUGGCAGGUCCUGAAGCACCUACGGCACCUGAACUUUACCAGCAACAUGGGGGAGCAGGUGACUUUCGAUGAGUGCGGUGACCUGGUGGGGAACUAUUCCAUCAUCAACUGGCACCUCUCCCCGGAGGAUGGCUCCAUCGUGUUUAAGGAAGUCGGGAAUUACAAUGUCUAUGCCAGGAAGGGAGAGAGGCUCUUCAUCAACGAGGAGAAAAUCCUGUGGAGUGGGUUCUCCAGGGAGGUGCCCUUCUCCAACUGCAGCCGAGUCUGCCUGGCAGGGACCAGGAAAGGGAUUAUUGAGGGGGAGCCCACCUGCUGCUUUGAGUGUGUGGAGUGUCCUGAUGGGGAGUACAGCGAUGAGACAGAUGCCAGUGCCUGUGACAAAUGCCCUGAUGAUUUCUGGUCCAACGAGAACCACACUUCCUGCAUCGCCAAGGAGAUCGAGUUUCUAUCAUGGACAGAGCCCUUUGGGAUUGCACUCACUCUCUUUGCCGUGUUGGGCAUUUUCCUGACAGCCUUCGUGCUGGGUGUCUUCAUCAGAUUCCGCAACACACCCAUUGUCAAGGCUACCAACCGAGAGCUCUCCUACCUCCUCCUCUUCUCCCUGCUCUGCUGCUUCUCCAGCUCCCUGUUCUUCAUCGGGGAGCCACAGAACUGGACAUGCCGCCUACGCCAGCCAGCCUUUGGCAUCAGCUUCGUGCUCUGCAUCUCGUGCAUCCUGGUGAAAACCAACCGUGUGCUCCUGGUGUUUGAGGCCAAGAUCCCCACGAGCUUCCACCGCAAGUGGUGGGGCCUCAACCUGCAGUUCCUGCUGGUUUUCCUAUGCACCUUCAUGCAGAUCGUCAUCUGCGUGAUCUGGCUCCACACGGCGCCCCCCUCAAGCUACCGCAACCAUGAGCUGGAGGAUGAGAUCAUCUUCAUCACGUGCCACGAGGGCUCGCUCAUGGCACUGGGCUUCCUAAUUGGCUACACCUGCCUGCUGGCUGCCAUCUGCUUCUUCUUUGCCUUCAAGUCCCGGAAGCUGCCGGAGAACUUCAACGAAGCGAAGUUCAUCACCUUCAGCAUGCUCAUCUUCUUCAUCGUCUGGAUCUCCUUCAUUCCAGCCUACGCCAGUACCUACGGCAAGUUCGUCUCCGCGGUGGAGGUGAUCGCCAUCCUGGCGGCCAGCUUCGGCUUGCUGGCCUGCAUCUUCUUCAACAAGGUCUACAUCAUCCUCUUCAAGCCAUCCCGCAACACCAUCGAGGAGGUGCGCUGCAGCACCGCUGCUCACGCCUUCAAGGUGGCCGCCCGGGCCACGCUGCGCCGCAGCAACGUCUCCCGCAAGCGGUCGGGCAGCCUCGGGGGCUCCAUGGGAUCCACCCCUUCCUCUUCCAUCAGCAGCAAGAUCAACAGCGAAGACCCCUUCCCACAGCCGGAGAAACAGAAGCAGCAGCAGCAGCCUCUGGCCCUGACACAACCGGAGCAGCCGCAGCAGCCCCUGACCCAGCAGCAGCCCAGAUGCAAGCAGAAGGUCAUUUUUGGCAGCGGCACCGUCACCUUCUCGCUGAGCUUUGAUGAGCCUCAGAAGAACGCCGUGGCUCACAGGAAUUCCACGCACCAGAACUCCCUGGAGGUCCAGAGGAGCAGUGAUCCCCUAACCAGACACCAGGCGCUUCUCCCACGCGGGGAGUCGGGCUCGGAACCAACCAUCCAGGAGGCAGGCUUGCAGGGGCCUGCUGGUGGAGACCACGAGCCAGAGCUGGAGGGCCCUGAAGAGAUGUCCUCGGCGCUCAUGGUGUCCAGCUCGCGGGGCUUUGUCAUCAGUGGCGGAGGCAGUGCAGUCACAGAAAACAUACUGCAUUCCUAGAAGCCUAGUCUAGAGAGAAUCCAGAGAUUCUCUGACAGGGAUGAGGCUACUCCUUUCCUCUGGGGAAGGAGGGAUAAAAGACACAUCAAACACCUCGAUCUUAGUUGCACUGUUUUAAAUGACAGUGAAUUGAUGAAUGUUCCAUUUAAAAUUGAAAAAAAAAAAAAAAGAGCUGUGUGAUCUGUGGUCAGAUUUGUCAGUGUUGAGAUUGCAGUAAUCAUACUUGCCGUUCAUCCACUCCCAAUUUUCCUCCUCUGUUCUAUCCCACCCAACACCUCAGAAGUAAAAGCAAGGCUUUAAGUUACCCCCUACUCCCUUUUUCUCCCUCUGUUGUUGUUGUUUUUAUUUUUUAUUUUUUACAUGUAUUGAAAUGUCCACCCUGAAGACAGAUCAUGGACAUCUUGACCCAAAGGAAAAAAAAAAAAAAAAAAACAUGCAGAUUGGCAUGACAUCAGAUUUGCCACCACUAGAAUUAGAGUCUGAAAGACAGAACGUCACCAGGGCUGCCCUGACCCUGGAAAGAAUUUUAAAUGUUCAAUGUAAGGUGAAUGUGUUCCCUCCUAUUUAUGAAAGUCAUAAGAUACUUGGUCUCCUACUUGCUGCUGCUAUUGUGUGUCAUCCUGAAGAUUAGCACUCCUCCCGUACUAAUACAUCUGGUGUUGUCCAGAACAUGGUAGUAAUGCCGUUUUUAGAUUCCAGGAUCACAAGAAUCACCUCAAAUUGUUGGGAAGAGACUGCAUACAUCCAAUGAACUGUAUCUGUAAUUAAUUUUGCUAUCUGUAGCUUUUUGUUUGCUUCUGUUGUAAUAGCCCCUGGAUAAUAUAAACUGAAAAAUGCCACAGUUUGGUUUAUAUAAGGCAGUAUUACUGAGCUCCAUUUUCCUUACCCAUCCAUCAACCCCAUCCCCAUGAGCUGAGCUCUGUGUGAGCUCUUUCAGGGCUCAGGGAACCAGAAGCAUCCUCCAUUCCUGCCCCAACAGCUUCCAGAAGCCAGAUACUCACCUGCCCCUAUGGAGAAUAAGCUCUUAGUUGUUGGAGUAAGAAAGUGGGUUCCAGGAAGGCAUGCUCCCAGGCAUUAGCCUGGUGCUAAAACCCCCAAAUGUCAUAACUACAUUCCCUUCAGCUGUGGACUCAGCCCCUGGGCAGCUAAAGGGGUCGAAUGGAAUACUGCUGGGCACUGAGGCUCUGGGGCCAUGGAGACAUGGGCUCAAGCCCUGGCUUUGUCACUCAGAGGCUGAGUGACCUCAGGCAGGGAGCCUUCACCUCUCAAGGCCUCAGUUUCUUUGUCUCUGAAAUGGUGGUAAUAAUCAUUCUUUUCCCUCAGAGCUCUUACGUGGAUUAAAUGCGACAAUGUACGUAAAGCACUUAGCAU